AAGUCGUAGCUACGGAAAUGACUUACUUUUACCCGACUAUACUCCAAAAAAACAAACAUCCAUUCGGUGAUCUUAUUUCGCAGGCUCGUGACUACAGUGCUUCGAACUCUUUUUCGAUCUUUGAGUGAAAAAAACUUCAGUUCAAGACAGGAUGGCGUCCGAGCUGCCUUCUUUAGCAGGAAAAGUAUGCAUUGUGACAGGAGCUUCCAGGGGAAUUGGCAAAGGUAUUGCUUUGAUGUUGGCCAAGGCAGGAGCUACUGUUUAUAUCACAGGCAGGACUCUUGAUGCUGCACAAGGCAAGCAAGGGUCAUUGAGGGAAACAGCUGAAGAGAUUGGUCAGGAGAGUGCUGGUCAAUGUAUUCCUGUAAAGUGUGACCAUGGAAAUGAUGAGGAAGUAAAAAAAUUGUUUGAAAAAGUCAGUCAAGAACAAAAUGGACGACUGGAUGUUCUUGUGAACAAUGCUUACAAAGGAGUUAAGGCAAUAUUGGAGAGUGCUGGGAAACCAUUUUAUGAACAGUCAGUGGAGAUGUGGGAUGAGGUCAACAAUGUGGGCUUAAGAUCCAGUUAUGUGGCUGCAUGGCAUGCAGCUAAGAUGAUGGUUCCAGCAAAACAGGGGCUCAUUGUCAAUGUGUCAUCAGCCGGAGGCUUAAGAUAUCUCUUUAAUGUUGCAUAUGGCGUCGGCAAAGCUGCAACGGACAGAAUGGCUGCAGACAUGGCUGUGGAACUACGCAAACAGAACGUGGCGUGUGUCUCUUUGUGGCCAGGAGCUGUGAAAACUGAGAUUGUGACGGACUUGAUUCUCAGCAAAGCGGAUCAAGGAGGAAAGGCAAGUAAAGCCGCCACAAUUUUCAAAGACGCUGAAGAUGUCACGUUCUCCGGCAAAGCUGUGGCGUGGCUUGCAUCAGAUAGCGACAUCAUGAAAAAGACUGGUCGGAUUCUAAUAGUGGCAGAGUUGGCCAAAGAAUACGGUUUCAAAGAUGUUGGAGGAACUCAACCGUUGUCCAUUCGUCAAGUGAAGUUUCAUCUGGAGAGGUCCUACCCCUCUGUCGCCUGGAUGAUGCCUGAGUUUGUCUAUGUCCCGGCCUGGUUAGUGGCAGCUGCAACUCACAAACUCUGAUCACGUGAUUGAUCGACUACCUCCGGCUCAACAUGUGUGUAAUUACAAAAAUGAAAUCGCUAUUUGAAAUAGUGGCUUAUGAGUAAAGAGAUUUUAUUUUAGUGAUUGGGGGGUAUAAUAUUGUCAUCGGUAAGUGAUUAUGAUAACGUGGUAAUAUAAAUUUUAAUAAAUAAAUGGGAAAAACCUGGAA